ACCAGGAAGUAACCGGAGCCGCAUGAGAGACCCUGAUGAGAGGGCGCCGCAGUUGAAGAUGUUUACAUUUAGUUUAACGCUCGUCCGACAUGGGGAAACACAGUCCAACAGGGAUAAACUCCUGCAAGGUCAGGGUGUGGACAAUCCUCUGUCAGAGACGGGUGUGCUGCAGGCUGAGGCAGUGGGACAGUACCUCAAAGACAUCACAUUCAGCAAUGUGUUUGUCAGCAACCUACAGCGGGCUGUGCAGACAGCUGAAAUCAUUCUGAAGAGCAACACUCACUGUUCUGGCACUGCUAUGGUUUUGGAUCCGUUACUCAGAGAAAGGGGUUUUGGCAUUGCUGAAGGACGACCUAAAGAGGACCUCAAGAAUAUGGCCAAUGCUGCUGGUCAGUCGUGUCGUGACUAUACCCCACCGGGAGGAGAGACUGUAGGCCAGGUGAAGCUGAGAUUUAAAAAAUUCCUUAAAGUCCUUUUCAAGCAAAUGUUAGAUGAGCACGGCUGGUCAGGGCAGGAUGCCUGUGCAGGAGCAACAGGGGCUGUAGAUGCUUCAGACUCAGAGGUUGCCCCCUGUGGUUUGGCUGAUGACGGUCUCCAGGGAGUGUCGCUACAUGCUCUGGUGGUGAGCCAUGGUGCUUACAUUCGUGUAGCCAGCAGGCAUAUGGUGGAGGACUUAAAGUCCUCUUUGCCCCACGGAGUAAAGAUGUCCCAGCUGUUCUCACCCUGCCCGAAUACUGGAAUCAGCCGCUUCAUCCUCACUCUGUCCCCGUCUGAGUCCGGGCCAGUCCUCUCUGCUGCUCGCUGUGUUUUUACCAACAGAAAGGAUCACCUGGAAAUCUUGAAUGCUGCUGAAUAGAAAAUAACAAAGAUAAUAGGAUAGAAACAUAUGUAUGCAUAUGUACACAUAUAUGUGUCUGUAGAUGCACGUAUAAUAGACAGUGGAAUCAUCCUUAAUACUAAAGGGAAAAAAGGAGCAAAGACCCAAAGUUACAGCAUGUAACUAAAUACAAAUAAUGCACAGCGGCACCAUAUACAGUGUAACUGAUCAUUUCCUGUAAUCCAUAAUGUUUAACUGUGGAUCAGUAGUCAGAAUAACUCCUGAUUGUACAAUAAUGCAUUUUGAAGGGAAGCCAUCGUCCUCCAAACAGUGAGUCAGUAGGGACUGGUACUUCAAUGUUUACCUGAUUUAUUUCUUCAUUUUACUUGAUCAACCAAAGUCAGAUUAUAUAUUAUUUUAUUGGGAACAAUCAUAGCAUAUCAGAGUUGACUUUUGUCCUGUGUUACACUUGUGAUGCUGCUUAUUUUACUUGUGCAAUAUUCUAUGACAACACAGACAUUUUGUUGGGUUUCAUGUGAGACAGAAAAGUAUUUAUAUCUACAGUUAUAAACUAUGUGAAACUGAAUACAAAUUCAGUUCAUAGCUGUAUUUGAUGCUUGAUGUCCAUAGUUUUCCUGACUCCUGGCCUUUUGUCUUUGAUUCAAGGCAAA